AAACGUUCUAACGAAGUGGCUCAAGUGUUUACUGAAAUAAUGCCUGUAUACGUACAAGACCACUGAGCAUCUAUACCUUAAUCACACCAGUUGUUAUGAGCUGUGUUUGUAUGCUAGAAAUGAAUAGAUAAACGGAUUUCCUUAGCGUGAUAAUAAUUGUUGUUUGCCAAGAAGAGCAUUUAAGACAGAUUAUAACAAUGCCAGUUUCUAUGGUUACAAGGGUGCUAUUAAUCACUCUCCAGAUCAUUGGAUUUUACUGCUCCAACUCAAGACGCGUUAUAGAAAGAAUAAAGUAUCUUGAAACUAGAAUCAAUACAGAAUCACAGUUCAGAGAUGAAGAAUACGGAUAUAUUAUUGACAGACUUGAUGAGAUAGAUAAACGUUUGAAUGCGUCAACGGAACAAAGAGUAAGCUUUGUUAAUUCAGAUCAGAAAACAAGCGAUGUGAGCACAGAAACGGUAGACCAUUUACGAAAAGAUUUUACGAGAAUUAGGACAGCUUUUCGAGAGGAGAAAUCUGAAACUGCAAGAAUCCGCAGGGAAAUUCCAAAAAUUGAAAAUGAUUUAACUGCAGUUAAGCAUGAUUUGGAAUAUUAUUGUACAAUGAAUUUAAACAAAACUGAUGAGCUCAUAUCACGGGUUGAAGAAUCAGAUGUCGAGCGCAAAACCGACAUGGAAAUGACAAUUGAAGAGAUUUAUGGGGUGAAGUCUGCUUUAGAAAAUUCAAUCAAUAAUACCUCGAUACUUGUUGGACAGGAAUUCAAAGGCACAGCAGAAGAAAUUGAGGAAAGUAUUCAAAGAACUGUUAAAAAAGAAUUUAAAAUAAUGGAAGAUAACACAAAACAAGAGAUUGCUGACACCAAAGCAAAAGUUGAAAUAAUUGAAAUUCUAGUUAGUCAACUAUCUGCCCAUCUUGGACACUUGUUUGGAUACUAUUCUUGCUUAGGAAUGUUACGAUCCGGAGUCUAUAAAACACGAAUGGGGCUCGAGGUCUAUUGUGACCAAACCACAGACGGUGGGGGUUGGCUUGUUUUUCAGAGAAGGCAAAGUGGUGAGGUUGAUUUCUAUCGUAACUGGACCGAGUAUAGAAACGGAUUUGGUGAUCUGAAUGGUGAUUUCUGGCUAGGAAAUGAACAUUUGAGUAUUCUUACAGCAAAAGGAGAUCAUGAGCUGAGAAUAGAUAUGGAGGAUUUUGACGGAAAUAAGGCAUAUGCUAAAUACAGUAAGUUCAAGGUAUAUCCGGAAGAAGACAAGUACAAACUGGAGGUGAGUGGAUAUAGUGGAAAUGCUGGAGAUUCUCUUGGGUAUCAUAAUGGAAUGGCGUUCUCAACGUUCGACAAUGACAAGUCAGGACACUGUGCAAAAAGCUACCAUGGUGCCUGGUGGUACAAAAGUUGUCACUAUUCCCAUCUCAAUGGACAGUAUUUUGAUAUUCCUGGUAAAAGUGAUGCCAAAGGAAUCAGCUGGUGGUACUGGAAAAAUAAUCAUUACUGUUUGAAAAGUGUAGAAAUGAAAUUUCGUUAAACAAAUAAAAGAUGUAAAAUUCAAACAUCAUUAUUCAUUUAAACAAUCGUGAUGUUGAAAUUAGAAAGACAUGUGUAUUUCACAUUAAAGACAAAUGUAUAUAUUAAAGUUUUGCUCUUAAUGGUGAAGAUAACUGAUUAAAUCUUAAAAAUCAACAAUAUGAUGAACUCUUAGACUUCUGUAUAUGUUUAUAUUGGGAAACAUUGUACCAUGCAUGUAUGUAAGUAAUUUCUCUGCAACUCGACUGUAAAAUUUAUUCAAUAUGUUUUGUGUAGAUAAAAACUUGUGUACAAAUAUUUGUUAAAAACUGAAUCAUGUAUUAUGCACUGAAACUCUAGCUAUGGUCAGAAGGAAAUUCAAGUUAUAUUAUAAACGGUAAAAGAAAGCGUGUGCAGUUAGUAAAAAAACAUCAUAGGAAUUAAAACCAGUAAGAAGUAUAUCAAAUAUAUUGUAGCAAUAAUACACUGUCGAGAAAGAAUAUAAGAUUCUUUAUUGAUUGUAGGUGCAGAUAAAAUAUAUUUGACUUGGGCGAUAACAAUGUUCUGCCGAGUAAACAGUCGGAUAUUGCAAUCUGUACCUACAACCAAUAAAAGAAUCUUGUUCUCGCAUGCCAUGUUCAACAAAUAACAGGAAAAAUAAAAUCAAACAAACGAUUUUCUUAAAGCAUAUUUUUUCUUACAGGAGCGUAUUAACAAAGCGCGGGAAUUUUACGUCACGUUUUGAUGUUACAACGAUGAAUACAACAUGAAAAGUUGUGUUCAUUGCAUGACGUUUUUUGUGUGUUUUUUUUAAUCGUAAAAUAUCUUAUAACGAACAAAGAGGAACUAGGCAAUCUAUUUUUAUUCGGUUAUACGUAAAAUUAUAAUAUGAUUACUGUACGAAAUUACUACAUAUAAUUUUGUUGUUCGUUAUACGUCAUUUUCAGACGAGAGUCAUCUUAUUUCCCUUGGAUGUUCUUACACCCCUUGGUUGUAAGUAGAUGUUUUCCAGAUGUGAAAUAACUAGAAACCUCAGUCUGGUAUGCAAAAAUAAUUCAAGUAAAUAUUACAAUCAUGCCAAUUAAAAUAUAGACUCUAUCAAGUAAACGUAUUAAUUGAUUGCCAUCUUAUUAUUAUAGUAAUAUUUGUCACAUGAUUUAGCUACAACGAAAAUAGUCAGGUAACGGCUUAUUUGUAUAUAGUAUGUUUGAUUGUUUCGAUGAAUUAAUUAUAUACUGUUGCAUGAAUAAAUU